CGUGGGGUAGUUGUUGUCCGGAUGAGUGGACUGCGAUCUCACGGCAACGCUCACAAUCAGUGAAACGUUGCGGCAGUCAGCGGCUUCGGUGUAUAGCGUAUCCGGGUGGCAGCAAUAUGGAAAAUGAACCAAUCACAGCUUUUGAUGAGGAGCCAAGUAUGCAGAGGAAUAGUGGCGGAGGUCUGUGUGCCUAUCUUCUCACAGGCAUUUCCAUUUUCUUCAUUAUCCUUACGUUUCCAAUCUCUCUCCCAAUGUGCAUUAAGACUGUUCAGGAGUACGAGAGAGUUGUCAUAUUUCGACUGGGACGCCUGGUGAAAGGGGGAGCACGUGGCCCAGGCAUGUUCUUCAUAAUUCCGUGUAUCGACACCUACAUGAAGGUUGACCUCCGGACAGUGUCAUACAAUGUUCCAGAGCAAGAGAUCUUAACCAAGGAUUCUGUGACAGUAACUGUCGACGCUGUGGUGUUCUACCGUAUCCAGAAUGCAACAACCGCAGUGACAAACGUGGAGAACUGUGGCUAUUCUACUCACCUCUUGGCUGCUACCAGCCUGAGAAAUGCUCUUGGCACUAGAAACUUGUCAGAGAUACUAUCGGAGCGAGAGGCUAUUGGUCACACUAUGCAAACCAACUUGGAUGAUACAACAACUGCCUGGGGAGUGAAAGUGGAGAGAGUCGAAAUAAAGGAUGUAAGGCUCCCAGUGCAGAUGCAGAGAGUUAUGGCAGCAGAGGCUGAAGCUUCCAGAGAAGCAAGAGCGAAGGUGAUUGCAUCUGAAGGAGAGCAACGCGCAGCCCGUCCACUCAAAGAAGCCGCUGAUGUGAUAUCCAUGUCCGGUCCAGCUUUACAGCUUCGCUACCUCCAAACACUGACAUCAAUCGCAGCGGAGAGAAACUCGACCGUUGUUUUUCCUCUGCCCAUGGAAUUCAUCAAGGGCUUCAGUCUUGGGGCCGGUCAAAGCAAGACCCUAUUGCACAGAGAAGACGUCUAAUCACAGCACACGAAGGCCUCGGAAGACGCUACAUGAAGUGCUGCCGCUAGUUUGCACUGGUACCACUUGAACUAGCUGCCUUCACUUGGAUCACAACCAUAUCAUGACCUCAUGUCCUUUCACAUAGUAGCCAGACUUAUACGUAGCGCGUUACAAGUAGUUGUAUUACUGGUAAUCAAUUACUUUGUUGAGUAAUUUAUUGAGUAAUCAGUUACAGUUCGGAACAAGUAAUUUUUCCAGUAAUCAGUUGCAUUUUUGAACCCGUAAUUUUUCGAGUAAUCCGAUUACAAUUUCGAGUAAUCAAUUACCGAGUAUCGAGUAAUAAAUUAUUUUUGAAAUACAA